CGUAUAAAAUGUACGAAGUUCCUUUUUACUCUCCUUUGAAAUACGAAAUUUCCCUUUCUCUAUAUACCUUUCUUUCGCACCUAAGCUUGAUUUUUCGCUCAUCAGAGCAGAAAGACUUGGGUGCAAAACAAGACAUCUGUUUGUCAUUAAAUAUGUGAAUUAUCAUUGGAAAUUACUGUGUGCCUAAUGUGAUCUGUCAUUUAUCAUACUGUGUGACUUAUAGCAGGUAUCAGAUCGUAAUGACAUCUUAAUUUUUUUUUCUUGGUUCUAUGCACGCUCUUUAAUUUCACAUUAUAAGCAAUGGAUUACACUCCGAUUCCGGGUGUAGUGUCUGGAGAAGAUAGUGAGUGGCAUCUUCAUGUAAAAGACGUAUAUGAUAUUGCUUAUGAAAUUGCUUUCGAAUUUGAUAAAAUCGUUAAUGUCCAAGGUAUCGAAGAAAUAAGAUCGAUAAUAAACAAAGUCGUAAAUGUGCUGGAAUUGUUAGAAGCGAGCGUUAAUAAAAUUGAGAGCCUAGAAAAAGAAAUUGGAGAAUUGAAAUUAAAUUCUUUGCAUUUGUCGAGUGAAAAAAAAAUUCACGAGCAAGAGAAAUUGAGACUCAAACAAGCCUAUGAAGAACUUGAAGAUGCUUGGGUUCAAGAGUCUGCAAAUCUUAAGGCUAGUAUAUCAAAACUUAAAACAGAAAACAAACUCAUGCAGAGUUUUAUUGCAAAAGGCAGAGAAGUAUCAGAAACUGCUGAUUCAUACAAGUUAUUUUAGAAGACCAAGAAAAUUUUAUUUCCAAAUUAAAAUCUACUUUGAAACAAAAGGAAAAUCAGUUAGAAAAAAAUGCGAGUGAAUUAGAAACAGUGAGUAUUAUUCCCACUUGAAA